AUGUCCUGUGCAAAUCUGAUCGCGAGGGCGAAUGAAAAGUUGCCAACGCAGGAAAGAACAAGAUUUGUGACAGGUCCAGUUCGGUUGGCAUCUACAACCACUAAACCGCGCAGAGUGGAGAAGCAGGGAGUCGAUGCUGACCUCCCACUUGAGCUCUGGGUCAGCGGCAAGAAUUGCGAGGAAAACUUGGGACCGACUUCCAAGAAGUCGGAGAGGUCAUUACGCAAGCAGAGUCUUGUCUUCUGCUUCUUGGCAGAGCACGAUUGUCAGCUCCAGGCUGUUGACCUGCCAGCGAUAAACGUGCUUCGCCGUCGCAGGUGCAACUCGUUCAGCUGUAUCGAGAAGUCUCUCGCCGCAGAUCAACAGAACAACCACAGUUCCCGCCGGGAUGUCGUUGUAGGACCUGGUUGGUAUAGUUGCCGAACAAGCAAUAAACUCAGCAAGGACAGGUCGUAA